UGCAUUCCACGGCUUAUGUAGUGCAGCACGGCAACUUCAGUUUCUUGAGACCAACUCUGAGGAAACAUAUUCAGAAGGAUCUGAAAUGGAUGUCUCAAGUGAUGGAGACUCUGAGAUAGGGUCUCCGGAUCUCCUUCAAGAUAGUGAAAACAUAUUGAAAGACUUCAAAACUGCAGAUGGCAGGGACUUUUCCUACCUGAUUGAUGUUUUAGAUGAGGCCAGUUUGCAUGGCAUGAACCUAGGAAUGUGUUUUGAGACUUGGAAUUCUUUGGAAUGUCCUGUGAAUCCCUCAGUGUUUGACUUGUUAGAGAAGAAAUACGGGAAACAAACAUCUUGGCUGAAAUCAGAAAGGAAACUUCUGUUUGACCACAUAAAUUCAGGGCUAAGUGAGAUUUUGCAUUCAUUUCUGGAGAUCUACAUAAUGGAAAAAUCUUUAAAGAGAAGGUGUUGUUCUACAAUGAGGAGAACUGAUAUUGAAGAAGAGUUGUGGAGGAUGCUGAUUAGUCAUGAAAAUGAAAUACGCAAGGACUUGUCUGGGAAGGCAAUUGGAAAUGAAAUCAAAUGGUUGCAGGUCGAGGAGGAAAUUGGUAGCAUAUGCAGAGAAAUAGAGAAAUAUUUGUUGGAUGAGCUAGCUGCAAUAUUAGCUUUUGCAUUGAGAGUGUAUAAAAUGGGAUUUUUGGCCGCUAAGUUUUCUUACUAUUUCCCUCCUCAAGUUACUGGGAAUAGAUAUAGUUUUUUUCCAACAGUAGUUUCGAUCUGA